AUGGUGGGCGGCUUUCUGGCUUGGUUGCUCGCCCUCUUCAGCCCGCUGGGCACGCUCUCCCCUCCUCCUAUCCCCGUUCAAGAGCAGCUGAGUCCGGGCCAUCCGCACGCUGUCCCUCCCGGGCGCUGGGAUGAGAUCAUCACCGGCGUGUACGGAGUGCCGGCGCUGCUGAAGAUUCACGACCGAGACGGCAUCGUGAAAUGGACCUGGGGUCGAAGCGAUGUUACCCAGCCUCUCCCCCCUCAGAUCAAACGGUGUCUUUAUAGCAACGCGAACGAUGCGACCGAACUCAAAUGGAUCCGAAACGGGACCAGUGUGGCCGCCAUCUACAGCAAUCUCGUCCUGAUCAUAAACCACACGCCGGACAACCCGGCGACGGAUAAACAGAUCACGUUUGCCGUAUGUCGAGAGAAUGAGUUUCUCUGGAACGCACAUACCCUGGAACUGCUACCGGGGAACAGGGUCGCAGUGGCCACCACGGGUCAACGACCAUGGGACGGUAUCCUCGUUUAUGACGCGACGAUAGGGAAUCCCCUCGUUGACGAUCCCCCUAUCCUGCAGAACAUCACCGGCCUCCGUGCCAUCCACGGCAUGAUCUGGGAUGAAACAGAACAGAUGCUCUGGGCCGUAGGGACGGAUGCAGCGGCCGAUGGAUCGGAUAACAUCCCUGCCUACGGAACGCUGCAGGGCUAUCCCUUCGACGCCACGACGGGCACGCUUCGCAAGGACGAUUCCAUUCGCUACCGCUACGCGCAGCCGUACGAUCAGGACACCGAGUGGGGACAGGGAUACAGCUGGUGGGUAGGACCGCAUGAUCUCGUCCCCGUUCCUCACGAGCGGAAGUUCCUCAUCUCGGACGAUCGCGACCUGCGGUCUUUCGAUCUUACCACGCGCCAGUUCACCGAGGAAGGCGAGGCGCUGACACAGACGUAUCUUCGCGGGUUUGAGGUGACGUCCAAUGACCGGCAUGGCUACAACCGCGAGGGGCAGUAUGAGGAGUUGCCCCGGGGGGAUCUGAAGAGUUUCAGUCUCGCUCCAGACGGAAGCUUCCUAUACGUGCAGUCUCUCUGGAGGGAAUUUCGGGGGAAUCAUACCAAUAUGGUGGUGAACGGGGUGAAGCAGGAUAUCAACGAGGGCGACGCGAUAUAUCGAUCACGGUGGUUUGGGGAUAUUCCUGGCUGGCCCAAACCGGUGACAUAA